CAGCAGACAGCAGCAGGCAGCCCCACAGGAGAGGAGAGGAGGGCUGUCCAAGAAAGGUGGAGACUCUGCAACUUCCUGCACUUCAGGCACCGCCACCAUCACCGUCAAGAAGACUGGCUACGGCUGGAGACAAGGGCAAAUGGAUUUACUUCUGAUUUAACUCGUUUCCCGGCGCUGGUUACGUAAACAUCUUGAUUUUGUACCUACCUGGUUUGAAGCUAAGUUAGCCGUGGCGCUGCUCCUGCCUCCCGGAUAAAGUCAUUCCCAAGUCGUGAGGAGAAGGUCUGGAAUGGAGGUGGUGGUGGAGUACGACUACGAGGCUCUGCACGAGGACGAGCUGACCCUGCGACCCGGUGACAUCAUCAAAAAUGUCCGUUGCAUCGAGGAGGAUGGCUGGAUGGAGGGAGAGCUCAAUGGGAGGAGGGGGCUGUUCCCCGACAACUUUGUCAAGGAGGUGAAAAGGGAUUCUAAAGAGGCCAAGGAGACCAAGGAGACUAAGAAUGAGUCCAAAGAGGAGGCUCCCGCUCAGCCGGCUCAGCUCCGGGAAAAGUCCGCAGGGAACGUGGCCAACCUGGUUCAUCGGAUGAGCGCCAUAGGGAUCCCUCUGGGAGGCUUUCAGCCACACCCCCCAGCCGCCUCUAAGAAGCCCAAAAGGAGACAGUGCAAGGUGCUGUUCGACUACCAGCCCCAGAACGAAGACGAGCUCGAGCUGAAGGUUGGGGACAUCAUUGACGUCACAGAAGAGGUGGAGGAAGGCUGGUGGAGUGGCACUUUUAAUGGGAAGUCUGGACUUUUUCCUUCAAACUUUGUCAAAGAACUGGACACAGCCACAGAGGACGGAGAGUCCAGUGAGGCCACGCCAGAGGAGCCGGGGAUGAAAGACGAAGCAGCUGCCACAGAAAAUGCCAGCACCCCCACGUCACCUCCAGGGAGUGCGGGGAACGGAGCGCUGCGGCCCCCCUCUAAGAUCAUGGGGGUUGGCUUUGGGGACAUCUUCGCUGGAGCUCCUUUGAAAUUAAAACCUGUCCCAUCUGUACCAUCUGCAAAGCCUGCCCAUCCCAACCAUCCCACCCCCACCCCAACAGAAGCACCCAAGGGAGACGCAGACAGCAGGGGCUCCAUGAAACGACACACAAAAGAAUACUGCAAAGUCACAUUUGCGUUUGAAGCCACAAAUGAAGACGAGCUCACACUAAAAGAGGGGGACAUCGUUCACAUCCUCAGCAAGGACACAGGGGAGCCCGGCUGGUGGAGAGGGGAAGUCGGAGGGAAAGAGGGCGUGUUCCCUGACAACUUUGUCAGUAUGGUCAAUGACGCAGACAAAGAUGUUGGAGCAUCAAGGGGGACCCUGAACAUGAAGACGUCACUACGGUCAGACCAUGAAGAGAAACCAAGAAAGCCACCACCACCGUCAAAGCAAAGUAUUGUGCAUAAACCAGAGGUGCCAAGUGCGGAAAAGAAACCUCAUUCCAUCCGGUCAGAGGAUAAAGUUGACAAACCAGUGCCAGAAAAGCAUUCAAAGCCUGCGCCGCAGCCCCCUCCCAAGCCAACGGCCCACGGGAAAGUCCGCCCCAUGAGUCACCCACCCAAACGUCCUGACAAGCCCCUCGCCCCCUCAGCCAGCCUCAGACACAAUGGAGAGGUGCCUUCUACUCGGUCAAAGCCAGAGCCUGAGCCAUUACCACAGUUACCCGUGUCCAAACCCAGGGCUCCUGCUGCAGAGGUCACAGACAAGCCCGCAGAGCCAGACCUGAUGAGUUUUGACGAUUUGACGUCUACCUCACACAAGCUCUCCCACCUCACUGCAGACAGACCAAAGAUGACUGGGAAGAGACCGCCCACACAGUUUGGAGCAUCCUCACCCAGUAAGGAAGUAAAUGUGGAGAAGUCCUUUAAGACUGAUGAAGAGGAUGCAACCAAGCCAAAGCUAACAGAAACCAGAAAGCCUUCAAUCAACAAUGUGCCCCAGUCCCCCUCUCAUCUGAAGACCAGUUUAUCCAUUGAGGCCAAGUCCACCACUCCUGCCUCUAGUGGUGGCGGUGGCGGCGGGGACAGCACCAGCGCAGGGGUGAAAGGUCGUCUGGAGCCAGAGGACCACGGUGCAGGCUACGAGGAGCUCAGGAGACAGAUGAGAGAGCUGCUAUUGACUGUGGAGCUGCUCAAGGCUCAGCAAUCGAAAGAGAUCUUGGAACUGCGCGGAGAGCUGGAGGAGGAGCGACACAAGCGGCAAGCUCUGCAGAUCGAGAUAGAAAAACUGAAGCGGACUGUCCACCUGACGUGAAGCUCGUGAUCCAAUCACACACAAGCCUGGCGGUCAGCUUCCAAUAUGUGGACCAAUCAGAGCACUGGAGGGCGGGUUUUACGGCUCUUCUUUUGAGAAGGACCAAGUCUCAAAGUGGACCACCUCCAGCACAAUCUUUUUACAAACAUAGACGCUCUGUAUUUGUAAGAUUUCUAUUUUGCACAUUUUUCAAGCUUGACAUCA